CUUCUCCACCAACGUUGUCUCCAAUAUGUGACGGAAUCAAACCCAUGCAGUGGUUAGCUACGGGUGGAAGACACCAACACACUACCUACCCCGACUAUGGAGGAUGCACUUGGAUUCACAAAAUUUUGCACUGGACCACGUGGGGAAGAUGAGGUGAGUAGUGUAUUUGAAGCCAUGAAUGAAGAUAACGGGAAGUCCAAUGCUGUGAAAGUAAUUGAUGAUGAUCCGGCUGAAGAGUUUCCCAAAGUUGAGAACUCAAUGUCAUUGGAUACACUCAAGUUGUUUGACCUUGAUGAUAUUGAAAAGUUUGAAUACCUAGCUCCCUUGCGGGUAGUCCGCCACAUAUUUGGUUUUGCCUCAACUAUCCUCUGUUACGCUUCAGUUAUCGAGAUUUGUAAUGAUGGAUCACCAGGUGGAGAUCUUCUUUGGUUCAACCCUUCCCCUUUUAUCCAGAAGCACGAGUGGGAACCUCCACCUUGAGGACAAGCUUAUUGAUUUUUGCAUGUGCUUAAGGAGUGGAAGAGUACUAGGUGAAAUUGAAAUAAAAGAUCUACGUUGCAUUUCCCCCUAAAAAGUACUCCAAUUUAUUUAAUUUUCUUCUUCAAGGUUCGGUUUUUCUUGUCAAUGGAUGCCAGUUUCAUUGAGAGUUAGUCGAAGACCCGACCGCAGUAAUCACCAAUCCAAAGUUAUCGGUGUCGAAGUGCAGAUGGGGAGGACCAGUUCCUGGUGAGUGGAAAGCCGUAUCAAGAUUGCCAAAUGAAGAUAUUGUGGAAGAAUGGCCUUAUUCGGCUGCUUCUCGUGGCUGGGAUUAUUUGGAUGUUUCUCAUCUGCACUGUGUUGUUAUUUCAUUUAUGGUCUUGCCAAUCAUCUGCAGCUUUCUUUUCAGCUCUUUGUAACAAAGACAGCAAGUUUUUUGGCAUGCUUAACACAAUGGGACUUGUGACACCACCACACCGUUGUCCGAUUCCCGUGGCAGAUGUCCCAAAUAAUAUAGUUAUUCCGGAAAAGAUAUCCACAGAGCGAUUUGUUCAGAGUCUCUCAUAUGUUGUGGAAAAUGUUACAGUGUAUAGUGGAUCCCGCUCACUUCCUCUAUUUGGAGGAAACCAAACUUGGAAGCAAAGAGAUGAGAGUUUUAAAGUGAAGCCAAGCAUGAAAGUGCAUUGUGGUUUUAUGCCAAAUGGUGGUGCAGAAAUGGCUAAGAAAGAUGUUGAAUACGUGAAGAAGUGUCGCUUUGUGGUUGCUUCUGGCAUUUUUGACGGAUAUGAUACACCUCACCAACCGUCCAACAUAAGUGAACGAUCUCAAAAACUUUUUUGCUUUCUUAUGACAGUGGAUGAAGUGUCCCUUGACUUCAUCAAGAAAAACGCUACAGUCAGAAAGGAUAAUGAUGGCGGAUUGUGGGUGGGUAUUUGGCGUCUAGUUCUACUAAAAAACCCACCAUACGAUGAGCCUAGGAGGAAUGGAAAAGUUCCUAAGAUAUUGACCCAUCGGCUAUUCCCUCAAGCACAAUACAGCAUUUGGAUUGAUGGUAAAAUGGAGCUAAUUGUUGAUCCAUUGCUUAUACUUGAGAGAUACUUAUGGCGUGGCAAGCAUACCUUUGCCAUUGCUCAGCACAAACAUCAUCGGAGUAUAUAUGAGGAAGCUGAUUCAAACAAACGGAGAAAGCGUUAUGCUCGACCACUCAUUGAUCUUCAGAUUAGAAUAUAUCGUUAUGAAGGAAUGGAACCAUGGAGUCCAAAGAAAGGCAUUGUCAGUGAUGUACCUGAAGGGGCUAUUAUAAUACGAGAACACACUGCAUUGAACAACUUGUUUAGUUGCAUAUGGUUCAAUGAGGUUAACCUAUUCACACCAAGAGAUCAGUUGAGCUUCGGUUAUGUGGUCUUCAGACUGGGGGGCAUCUUCAAAGCGUUCAUGUUCCCCAACUGUGAGUACAACUCCAUCUUCAUUUUACACCCUCAUACCCGUGAGCAUUCAUCUAAAGUUGAGUGGGUGAAAUCAUUGGAUGAAUUUAAUAAGAAGGGAGGUUUGAAAGAGAGUAGGGGAGGGUUCGGUUUGUGGACCCCUUACCCCGGGAAUUUGAAAUCGGUUGUAUUACCGCUUGUAACCAGAAAAUCAAAAGCUGGAUGAUCUUAUAAUGAUUUCAUCGCCAUCUUCUGUCUUGUAAUUCUUGAAGAUCAUUUACUUCAUUUUAGAUUUUUCUCUAAUGAAAAAAGGGUUGUGGC